UGGCCCCGCCCCGGGCCGUGUUGUAGUGGCCGCGUCCUUCCACUUCCACGCACGUGGGUUCCUGAGCCCCGCGUUGGAGCGGCCUGCAGUGCAGAUCCACCCACACGCUGUUCCCCAGGCUGGAAUGAACCGCUUUGUGCUGCCCGUGUCCGUAGUGGGCACGGUGAUCGGCGGCACCGUGCUGCUCAAGGACUAUGUUGCUGGUGGGGCUUGUCCCAGCAAGGCCACCAUACCUGGGAAGACAGUCAUCGUGACAGGAGCCAACACGGGUAUCGGCAAACAAACUGCUUUGGAACUGGCUAAAAGAGGAGGCAACAUCAUUCUGGCCUGUCGUGACAUGGAGAAGUGUGAGGCGGCUGCCAAGGACAUUCGUGGAGAGACCUUGAAUCCCCGUGUACGUGCCCAGCACCUAGACUUGGCUUCCCUCAAGUCCAUCCGAGAGUUUGCUAGGAAGAUCAUCAAAGAGGAGGAGCGAGUGGACAUUCUGGUCAACAACGCAGCCGUGAUGCGGUGCCCGCACUGGACCACGGAGGAUGGCUUUGAGAUGCAGUUUGGAGUCAACCACCUGGGUCACUUUCUGUUGACAAACUUGCUGUUGGAGAAGCUGAAGGCCUCAGCCCCUUCACGUAUCAUCAACCUCUCAUCCCUGGCUCAUGUUGCUGGGCACAUAGACUUUGAUGACUUGAACUGGAAGACGAAAAAGUAUGACACCAAGGCAGCCUACUGCCAGAGCAAGUUGGCUGUUGUCCUCUUCACCAAGGAGCUGAGUCGCCGGCUACAAGGCACAGGUGUGACUGCCAAUGCUCUGCACCCCGGUGUGGCCAGGACAGAGCUGGGAAGGCAUACAAACAUACACAACUCUGCCUUCUCCAGCUUCACACUUGGGCCCUUCUUCUGGCUGCUGUUCAAGACUCCCCAGCUGGCGGCGCAGCCCAGCACAUACUUGGCGGUGGCAGAGGAACUGGAGAGUGUUUCUGGGAAGUACUUUGAUGGACUCAGGGAGAAGGCUCCAUCUCCCGAGGCAGAAGAUGAGGAAGUAGCCCGGAGGCUUUGGGCUGAAAGUGCCCACUUGGUGGGCUUGGACAUGGCUCGUGGGUCCGUUGGGAGGGGACAUUCCCUCCCCAGAUAACCUUCAAAUAUCCAGAUGGAGUUUCAUCACAACUGCUGGCCGCCAUGCCCUCAUCAUCCUCUAGGGGCAGCGUUGGCACGGUUAGACUCUCAAGACCAUGACUGCUGGCUGCCAUGCCCUCAUCAUCCUCUAGGGGCAGUGUUGGCACUGUCAGACUCUCAAGACCAUGACUGCUGGCUGCCAUGCCCUCAUCAUCCUCUAGGGGCAGUGUUGGCACUGUCAGACUCUCAAGACCAUGACUGCUGGCCGCCAUGCCCUCAUCAUCCUCUAGGGGCAGUGUUGGCACGGUUAGACUCUCAAGACCAUGACUGCUGGCCAUCUGGCUGCCAUGCUCCCAUCUUCCUGUAGGUGGCAGUGUUGGCCCUAGCGUUUAUUGUUAGCCGGCCACAUUCAGUUGGACCACAGCUGAGCACUGGGGAGGAGGACAGGUACAAUGUACUCUAUUGGUUACUGGGGAGCUGGUCUAUGAGGGGUCUCCCUUGGGAAUGGCUUUGGGCAGUGUCCAUAGACAGCGGUAGCUGUGGUGGUGGACGGAUGGGUCUACUGUUAAAGAUCGGGAAAUCAGACAGAUACGGCCAGUCAUAGCUCUUUGAGGGCCUUUGCAAACUUCUCAUUCCUCUCCGAGACUUGGCUGUUGUUUCAGGAAAGCAACUGGGGGGAGGAAAAGGGCUUAUUUUGGCUUAGAGGUUAUUGUCCAUCAUGGAGGAGGGAAGCCGAGGCAGGAACUCAAGGCACGAGCUUGAAGCAGAUACCAGUGGAGGUUUGCUCCCAGGCCUACGUUCAGAUACCUUUCUUUUAUUUUUAUUAUUAUCUUUUUACAGAGAGGUUCUUACUCUGUAACUCUGGCUUUCCUGGAACUUGCUAUGUUUCAGUUCAAAACCAGGCUGGCCUUGAAUUCACAGAGCUCUGCCUGCUGGGAUUAAAGACAUGUGUCACCAUGCUUGGGCCAGGUGCCAGCCGGUAGCCCUGGGCUGGCACCACCCACAGUGGGCUUGUCUCUUCUACAUCAGUUAGCAAUCCAGACAUUCCCCCAGGGCAACCUGGUCCAAGCAGUUCUCCAGUCGAGGAUCCGACCCCCUUCUAGGUGUGCCAAGUUGGUAACCGAACAAACCAGGACAGCUCUCGAUUGCAGACUGCAAAGGAUAACUGCUACCUCACGGGAUGGUGUGGGCAUUAAGCUCUUGCCUGGCUCAGUAAAGGGCCACCAGGGUCCUCUUGUGUCCUGGGCCCUGGCUGAGGUGCUGGGGUUCUGUGGAGAACCUGGCGUAGGCCUUGCUUUUGUUAGCUCUGAAUUGCUCAGGAUGGAAUGGAGUGAAAUGCUGCUGGCUGCUGCCGCUGAAGACCAGCGUGACCUGGGAUCAUGAUCUCUCCAGUACCUCAGACUCUCACGCUUGUUGUUUGAUUAUAAUAACUUGUUGAGUGUAGUGGCACAGAUCCCUAACACCAGCACAGAAGAGGUGGAGGGUCUUGAGUUCAAGGUCAUCCUCCACCGGCCUGGGCUGUACAAGGUCCGGUGAAAACAAGUCAAGAUAAUGACAUCUCCAAAUGUAGCUGAGUCAUAGAUUUAAAUAAAAACAAACCUUUACUUAG